AUUUUGGGCACGUCACGGUCAAGAGAAGAUCGCCAAUUUCCGUCAGCCUUCAAGUUUCGCGUGCCUUGAGCCCCACCUACCUACACUACACCAAACGGACCGUCUUCUUUUCAACUUCUGCCAACACGCCUCGAGAUCCCGCAUCGCACGAUUCCCGCAAUCUAACUUAAGCUGGGGGCCGUACCUCCCACACCCCAGUAGUAGCGCCAGACACACAGCAGCAAGCCAGCCAUGGCCGAUCGACCCCACCGCGGAGGCGGCCGCGGCGGCUCACGAGGGGGACGAGGCGGAGGAGGAGGGGGCCGCGGCGGCGGCGGAGGCGCUGCUGCAGCUGGUGGUGGUGCAGCCGCCGGAGCCGGAGCGGACGGCAACAAGGAGCGGCCGAAGAAGGAGAACAUUCUGGAUCUGAAGAGGUACAUGGACAAACGGAUCACUGUCAAGUUCAAUGGCGGGCGGGAAGCUACGGGGAUAUUGAAGGGGUAUGAUGCGCUCAUGAACCUGGUCCUGGAUGAGGUGGAGGAGCUGCUUAGAGAUGACGAAGGCAAUGAGAUGACCAGACCGUUGGGGCUGGUUGUUGUUCGCGGGACGCUGUUGGUGAUGGUCAGCCCGGUAGACGGAAGCGAGGUGAUCGCGAAUCCGUUCCUUCAGGCGGAUGAGGAAUGAAUGAAGCCGCGGAACGAGAUUGCAAGUUACCGGCCUCGCUAGGGCGAUGGGAGCCAUCCGGAACUAGAGCAAGAAAGCAAGGUACGAGGGAUCCUGCCGUAAUGCAAGUGGGCUUCCUUGCUCUGGUGAUACCAUCAAGCCACACGCUACCGGGGCCUAGAUUAGCUAAGGGACAGGACGCGGUCUAUCGAUGACUGACAACCUACCGAUGCCAGUGCUGUCCUCCCGGCAGAGGCAGGGUUUGCCAAACCCUGCAAGGACACAGCCAGCGCUCAGAUGAAACAAUUAACAGAUAUUCAGGAGUCUGGUGAGCUGCAUGUGAUCUAAGGCUCCGUUCAGUAGUACCAGGCACACUAUGUGACCGAUCCGAAAGAGG